UGUGCAAAAUAGCAGAAAGCUCCCCUGAGGAUGAGAGCAAGGCAGCUGGUCUGUGGGAUCUGGAGUCUGUGUUUCCUGUUCUGUCUUUUCUGCAUCUUUCUUCAUCAAACAACAGCUAAAAGAAAACUGAAGUUUGUGUCCCUUGUAUUUCGCCAUGGUGAUCAUACCCCACAGGAGUUUUUCCCAACUGAUAAGCAUAAAGAAAUUGCAAGGCAACAGGGAUAUGGCCAACUUACCAAGCUUGGCAUACAACAACAGUAUGAGCUUGGCCAGUACAUGCGGAGGAGAUACUCUCACUUCCUGAGCGUUGUGUACAAGCAGUGUGAGAUUUAUGUUCAAAGUACUGACUGUGAUCACACACUGAUGAGUGCUCAGGCAAGUCUUGCUGGACUGUACCCACCAACACAGGAUCAGAUUUGGAAUCCCAGAAUUCUUUGGCAGCCAAUUCCAGUUCACACAGUGCCACUGUCACAGGAUAAUUUGCUAUACCUACCUUUCUCACACUGCCCAAAAUACAAGGAGCUUCUGAGAGAAACCUUUGCAACAAGGGAUUUCCAAAAGCAAUUCAAGCACUACAAGCAAUUUCUGAAGUUUUUAGCCACUCAUACAGGAUAUCCAUUGAAGAAGUUGACUAGUGAAAGGAUUUGGAGGCUCUCUGACACUUUACAAUAUGAGGGUAUUAACAAUUACACUUUACCUGUUUGGGCUACUCAUGGUGUCAGGAGCAAGCUGAUACAGCUGUCAGAAUUGUUAUUGCAGGUGGAAUUUGGGUUCCACAAACACAUGCAAAAAUCCCGUUUGCAGGGAGGUGCUCUUUUAAAAACUAUUCUAAAGCAUAUCUUAGAUGCUAGACAGCCUUCACGCCAUCAAAAAAUGGUUAUGUAUUCCACGCAUGCAGCCACCAUUGCUGCCUUACAGAUGGCACUGAAUGUCUUCAAUGGAAAAUUGCCUCCUCACAGUGCCUGCCAUUUUUUUGAACUUUACCAGGAAAAAAAUGGGCAAUACACCAUAGAAAUGUACUACCGGAACAAUUCUUUGAGGGAGCCUCACCCCCUCACUCUCCCUGGCUGCAAAUUCCGCUGUCCCCUGGAGAGAUUUACUCAUCUGGUCUCUCCCAUCCUCUCACCCUAUUGGACAAGGGAAUGUAGAAUGUAGGACAUCAGAAGAGGCAGUUUCAAACUCUCUGCUGCGCAUGAGUGGAACAUGGGAAAAAGCCAAGGAACACUGAUCCACAGGCUGCAGAGUGCAGCACACUGACAGACUGUGCUAAACCACUGUGCACUACUAAUUCUCAAGGAAUGCAGACAGCCUGGAACAGAUGACUUAGCACCAGUGAGCUAAAUUAAGGAGAGGAGUGAUGCAGAGUUUAUAGGUCACAAUUACACUUGACACAGCUGCAAAAUCCCUGAUUUCAACUGUUCCUAACUCUGUCAAAAUUCAUCUCAACUAUUUUUCUUUGCUAAUCCAUGUUACUAAUUUGAUUAUACAUGUAUGAGAGCAUUUUAUGAAGUCCUUAAAUGUAACUUUUAAAAAAAAUAAAAUCCAGGAGCAUGACUGAGCUCAAAAAUGUAAUUUAUAGAGACAACUAUUCUACAGGGAGACUCCAGUUUGCAAACAUACAGAUGUUUCUAUAAAAAGCUUAAUUGAAGUUUCGUGGAGAGGAUUUAUGUUCCCACUUGAUGGAAAUAAAAGGGUUAGGCAAGUAGAGGUCACACAAUACAAUAGCAGCAUUUGAGAGUGGUUUAAAUUAAACUUUAAGUUCCUCCACAUUUCAGUGACCAUAGGGUGAAACAUAGGAAAUGAAUAAAGCUCAGCAUAUUUGGAGAGGAGGUAAAACUGUGAGCUCUCCCUGUGCUCUUUUUGCUGCUCAGGAAGAUUUCAGCAUGGAUUGACUCAACAUUUCAACAGACUUUUCCUAGUCCUGUAAAACGGGAGCAAAUGUGUUAACUCCUCCCCAUUUAAUCUGAGCUGCUUACUUGUAGAGGUACUAUUAACAGGUUUGCCAUGCUUUUGGAGAAUGCCAUAUGUCAAGAAUGCAUCUCUCUUUUUGUCUUACCUUUAGGUGUUCCCUCCACUAUCUUCAGUGGGGUUCACUUUAUGAAAGGACUCCUCCCACACUGUGAUAUGACCAUAGUCCAACAUUUCUCUUUAAAUUUCAUCAGCAUGACCAACUGAGUCUCCUGAUCUCUACCAAAAGAAAACAUUCCUUAAUGCUACAAAUAAAAAUUACAGAAAUCACUGCUUUAUUUAGUCUUCAUGAAUAUUUGCUUUAUCACCUGGUAAAACCUAAGUGCAACAUGAAACCAGUGGAAUUUUUCAAGACCUCUUCUUUCCAAAGGGACUUUGUCAGAAUUAAUUCAACCAUGCAUUUAUAGUUAGAGUGUUUUGAAGGGCUAAAACCUUGAUUUACAGCAAAAUUGGAAAAAUACCUCUGAAGUAGUGUUGCCCUCUUUUGAAGAAUGAGACCAGAACUUCCAGAACUGGCGACAGAAGCAAUGCUUCAAAUGGAGACGCUAAAAGGAGGAGUCAUUCCACUGUCCUUAGACUUUAUUUUACUGAAGAAGCAAUGAAUCAUUUUACACAAACAGGUCUCAGAAGCCACAAGAAUUAGGAUUAUGCCUGCAUACUUACCUAAGAGAUUUCUUUCUUCUUCUGUUCUCUGCCUUGUACAUGCACAAAUAUCCCAUCUCUACAUAGAAGGAAGAUGAGAUUUAUGGAAAACUUGGACUGGGAAUCUAGACCUAAAAGGGGCCUAGAAACAGCCAGGCUAGCUACCAUGAAGACCUAGCAACAACUGGUUGACCCAACAAGUCCUUCAGAUAGUCUUUCCAAAAAGACAGCAAAGCCAAGUGUUAAUUUUGGAAGAAAAAUACUUUUUGGUUCCAAAUAGCUUUUUUAACACCUUCCUUUGGUUAUAUUACCUUGAUUGUAUAUUCUGAUCUGAUCAUAUAAAGCCUGUUCUCCUGGGAAAUCUGUAAGCAGAUGUCGUUCUUGACAUGAACAAAAAAAAAUGGC